AUGUUCUCUGCUAAAACUGAAGGUUUUUCUACAUGCGUUAUUGACUCUAACGAUAACGAUAUGCUUAUUCUUUUGGUGUAUUUUAAAAACCUUCUUCCGAGCGAAAUUUUACUCGUUAUACGUGUGGCAGUUCGUAAAAUAGUCCUUAACGAAAGUCUUACGAAAACCCUACCAGCUUUCCAUAUUUUAACAGGAUGCGAUACAAUAAGUCAAUUUACUGGAAUGGGAAAAAAACCUAUUGGAAAACAUUCCUCCACCAUUCCGAAAAUUUAUUUGGAUUCGGAUCAGUCGACUUUUCCGAAUAAUAUUAAAAAAUUUGUAAUAAAUAGCUAUUUUUCUACGUUCACUAUCCAAAGUAGGCUUUUGCACCUCGAAAUACAACCGUAA